CCAAUUCUCUUUCCCUCCAAUUUCUCUCUCUCCUCUUUUCUCUUUCUCUCUCUUCUUUAUAGAGAGAGAGAGCCAAGAAGGGAGAGGAAGAGGCGAGAGCCGAGAAGAAGAAUCCCGACUCCUCCCACUCCGAGAUCUCUCUCUUCUUAAGCCUCACUCUAUCUAUCAGACUUGGCAGCAUGGCUUCACAAACGGAUGAAAGUGGGAGAGAAGCAUUAGUGCAGCCAUCUCCAGCCGUCCCACAACGUUCUCAGAAACCAGAAGUUACAAAACGCAUACCAAUGGCUAGACCUGGAUUUGGAACAGAUGGACGGCAGAUACAGUUGCUCACAAACCACUUCAGCGUCCGAUUUAGUGGCAAUGAUGCUGUCUUCUACCAAUAUAGUGUUUCAAUCAAAUCUGAGGAUAACCGAGUUGUUGAGGGUAAGGGGUUAGGUAGGAAAGUCAUUGAUAAGCUACACCAGUACUAUAGUUCUGAACUUGCUGGAAAGGAGUUUGUGUAUGAUGGGGAAAAAACGUUAUUCACAUUAGGGCCUCUUCCACAAAACAAUUUCGAGUUUAAAGUUAUCUUGGAGGAAUCAUCUGCUAGGGGUGCUGGUGGAAGUCCAGGUAAUGGGAGCCCAACAGAUGGUGACAGGAAGCGAUUUAGGCGGUCACAACUUUCAAGAGAAUUUAAAGUAGGAAUCAGUUAUGCCGCCAAGAUUCCACUGAAGUCCAUUACACUUGCACUCAAAGGGAGCGAGUCAGAACAAACACAAGAGGCCUUAAGAGUUCUUGAUAUCAUCUUAAGGCAGCAGCAGGCAAAAAGAGGUUGCCUCCUUGUUCGACAAUCUUUCUUUAAUGGAGAGCAUACAAAUUUUGUUGAUGUGGGUGGUGGUGUCACUGGAUGCCGUGGAUUCCACUCAAGCUUCCACCCUACACUGGGUGGUUUAUCAUUAAACAUGGAUGUUUCCACGACAAUGAUACUGACUCCCGGUCCAGUUGUUGACUUCUUACUGGCUAACCAAAAUGUUAAGGAUCCAAGACAAAUCGACUGGAUCAAGGCUAAGCGCAUGUUGAAGAACAUGAGAAUUAAAACUAGGCACAGAAAUAUGGAGUUCAAGAUCAUUGGGAUCAGUGAACUGCCAUGCCACCAACAAACCUUCCCACUGAAAGUAAAAAAUGGCGGUGGAGAAGGUCAGACUGUUGAAGUUACUGUUUUUGAUUAUUUUAAAAGUCGCAAGAUUGAUCUAUCAUGGUCGGCCAACAUGCCCUGUCUUGAUGUGGGAAAACCAAAACGCCCUAAUUAUGUCCCUCUUGAGCUUUGCUAUCUGGUGUCGCUGCAGCGAUACACCAAAGCGCUUACUUCUCAGCAAAGGGCGUCACUGGUGGAAAAAUCAAGGCAGAAGCCACAAGAGAGAAUUAGAGUGAUCACUGACGCCGUAAGAAACAAUCGGUAUGAUGAUGAUCCACUGCUCUCCUCAUGCGGCAUAAAAAUUGAGAAACAACUUCUGAGGUUAGAUGGGCGCGUUCUUUUGCCGCCUACGCUCAUAGUAGGUAAUAAGGAGGACUGCAUGCCCCGCAAUGGCAGAUGGAAUUUUAACAACAAGAGGCUGUGGGCUCCUACUAAGAUCGAACGAUGGGCUAUCGUUAAUUUCUCUGCCCGCUGUGAUACGAGUCAUCUCUCAAGGGAGCUCAUAAAUUGUGGAAGAAACAAAGGAAUUCAUAUUGAGCGUCCAUUCACUUUGAUUGAUGAGGACCGUCAGUGGCUAAGAUCUGGGCCGGUUGUAAGAGUUGAAAAGAUGUUUGAAAAGAUAAAAGCACAACUCCCAGGACCCCCUCAGUUUCUUCUUUGUGUUCUGCCAGAGAGAAAGAACUCCGAUAUUUAUGGUCCGUGGAAGAAGAAAAACCUUCAUGAAGUGGGUAUAGUUACUCAAUGUAUUUCUCCAACUAGGAUCAACGAUCAGUAUUUGACAAAUGUGCUCCUGAAAAUUAAUUCAAAGCUUGGUGGUAUGAACUCCUUACUGGCUAUUGAGCAUACACGGGGCCUUCCAAUUGUAGAUCAGACUCCUACCAUGAUAUUGGGAAUGGAUGUUUCUCACGGCUCUCCAGGUCGUUCUGAUGUACCAUCCAUCGCAGCGGUGGUUGGCUCUAGACAAUGGCCAUUAAUUUCGCGAUAUAGAGCUUCUGUGAGGUCGCAGUCACCAAAAGUAGAGAUGAUUGAUUCUCUUUUCAAGCCCCAAGCAAAUGGAAAAGAUGAUGGCAUAAUUAGGGAGCUGUUGGUUGACUUCUAUAAAACCAGUGGUGCCAGGAAACCUUCUCAGAUAAUCAUUUUCAGGGAUGGUGUAAGUGAGUCUCAGUUCAACCAGGUUCUGAAUAUCGAGCUUAAUCAAAUUAUACAGGCAUUUGAGCAUUUGGGUGAGAAUUCACUUCCAAAGUUCACUGUGAUCGUCGCCCAGAAGAACCACCACACAAAGCUUUUCCAAGCCGAUGCCCCUGAAAAUGUUCCUCCUGGAACUGUGGUGGACUCAAAGAUCGUUCACCCCAGGAAUUUCGACUUCUACAUGUGUGCCCAAGCCGGAAUGAUUGGAACCUCGAGGCCGACCCAUUACCAUGUGUUGCUUGAUGAAAUUGGGUUCUCGGUCGACAAUUUACAGAAGUUCGUUCAUUCGCUUUCUUACGUGUACCAGAGGAGCACUACUGCGAUAUCUGUCGUGGCGCCUAUCUGCUAUGCCCACCUCGCGGCACAACAGAUGUCGCAAUUCGUGAAGUUUGAGGACAUAACUGAGACGUCUUCGGGGCAAGGGGAUGCCUCCUCUCUCUCUGGGCAACCUGCCGUUCCUGAUCUCCCAAAGUUGCACGAAAAUGUGUGCAGCUCCAUGUUCUUCUGCUGAGGAUUCGAGAACAACAACUACACGGCCAAUUUUGCUGGUGAAUAUACAGAAGUAUUCUUUUUAGGCCCCAAUUUUCUUUUUGUAAAUGGCUGUCGGGAAUAGGAUAUAGGGAUGAUACAGCUGACUCUUUUUUCCUUUGUGGCGGGUAAAUAGUUGAACGGAAAUUAUACAUGGUCUAGGCGUAGGAAUGGUUUGUGAAGUUCGUUUAAGUUAUUUUAUAGUUAAGUGUACUUGCAAUGUCCUUCUAGAAGAUGGGUUUAGAUGAAUAGAACUGACGAUAUCAAUUAUUACGUGUAAGAGAUUAUGACUUACUAUGGCAGUUUAUUUAUAUAUAGAGAGUACUUUUGUCUUUUCAAA